AGGCCUUAGCUUCAAAGCAAGGAAUCCAAAAAUGUAAUCCACACACUUCCCAUCCUUUUCAUUAUUCCCUUCCCCUUCUCUUCCAAUCUCAAUCUUUAGCAAAGUUGCAACUCUCCAACAUUAACCAUUCAACCACCUAACCUGCCAAACCUUACUAGACAAGUACUCCACCUCAAUCUAUAUAUAUUUCUCUCCGAACUUUCUUUCACAUGUUUUCACACUAAUUAUGGGUAUGAUCAAAAUUUUCAUGUUUUGCAUCAUGCUAACCGCAGUGCUUUUCUCUCUUCUCUACAUUCCAACCAAACUAACCAUGCCCAUCUCAAGCUUUAGGCCCAUUAUGAACUACUUAAACAUACAAAAAACCAACAAAACAUCAUAUCCUGCAACAUUUGCCUACCUCAUUUCAGCCUCCAAAGGUGAUACUGUAAAGCUAAAACGUUUGGUACGUGCACUAUAUCAUCCGGGAAAUUACUAUUUGAUUCACUUGGAUCAUGGUGCACCUGCGUGGGAGCAUCGUGAUAUAGCGAAGUUUGUGGCUAGUGACCAAGUUUUCAGCCAAGUGGGUAAUGUUUGGAUUGUUAAAAAACCAAACUUGGUCACAUAUAGAGGUCCAACCAUGCUUGCCACCACUCUUCAUGCAAUGGCUAUACUCUUGAGGACUUGCAAGUGGGAUUGGUUCAUAAACCUUAGUGCUUCCGACUAUCCUUUAGUCACUCAAGAUGAUCUAAUUCAUGCCUUCUCUGAUUUGCCAAGAAAUCUAAAUUUCAUACAGCACAGCGGUAGAUUGGGUUGGAAACUGAAUAAGAGAGCCAAGCCAGUCAUGAUAGACCCAGCACUCUAUAGCCACAACAAAUCUGAGAUUUGGUGGGUUAUUAAGCAGAGGACUCUCCCAACAGCUUUUAAGCUUUAUACAGGUUCAGCUUGGACUAUACUGUCAAGAUCUUUUGCUGAGUAUUGCAUAGUGGGCUGGGACAAUUUGCCAAGGACUCUCCUCCUCUACUAUACCAACUUUGUAUCAUCUCCUGAGGGAUAUUUCCAGACUCUGACAUGCAAUUCUGAAGACUACAGGAACACUACAGUUAACCAUGACCUCCGCUACAUUACAUGGGAUAAUCCACCGAAGCAGCACCCUAGGUCCCUUGGACUUAAAGAUUAUAGAGGUGCGGUUCUAAGCAACCGCCCUUUUGCGAGGAAGUUCAAGAAAAAUGACAGAGUUCUUGACAAAAUUGAUCGACUGCUUCUCAAAAGACACCACAGACAUUUCACAUAUGGUGGGUGGUGUUCUGGGAGUGGAGAGAUGUAUAAUACAUGUUCAGCUUUGCAAAGUGAGAAUUAUGGUGUUUUGAAGCCUGGACCAGGGGCUAGAAGGUUGAAAUCUUCACUAACAAGAGCUCUUUCUGAGAGGAAUUUUCGCAGGCAGCAAUGCAGAUGAUUCUUUGACAAAAAUGAGCAAGUCCUUGAUAUUAAUAUAUUGAUUGAUUUUUUUAAAAAAAUUGGGUUUGAAUUUGGCUAAGGUUAGUUAUUUUUAGCUAAAAUUGUUGAUUCAAAAUUUGACGGUUCUAAGCUUAUGUGAAUCUUCUUGGUGUAAGUAUUAUAUUUUGUGAAAAGAGCAGGCAUGAAUUUAAGCAAAGAGUCAAGACUCAAGAAUUUAGUCGCAAUGUUACAUGCCUAUUACAUUUUCAUUGUAUAUUGAGUUCUAGUUUGAAGUACAAUGGAAAAGCAAAUACAGAUCCCAUGGGUCAAAAUUUAAUUCA